AGAGGCAAGUGAUGGACGGCCCAUCAGGAGGGCCCCGACGUUCCGUACCAAACGAGAUUAAUAGAGAUCCGGCUGUCAGCCGGACGCCUCACCGUCUGAGCGAGAUCUGAGCGGGUACCAGACGGCCAGUCUUCCCGCAGAUCGCAACCUGCGUGGGCAAGAACCGAUCGUGAUCGAUCGCACGGUUUAAGCAUUCUUUAGGCUACUCGUCUUCUAUACGAGUCCGCGAGUUAUAAUAACGUUUGAUCCUCUAGUCAUUUUGGGGAAGAUCUGUAAUGAGAUAACGAUAGUGAAAAUUAUACGUUAUCGUGAUUUAACUGAUACGCGAUUAGAACGAGAGAGAGGGAGAGAGAGAGAGAGAGAGAGAGAGAGAGAGAGAGAGAGAAAGAGAGAGAUAGAAAAAAAAAUAAAGAAUAAAAAAAAAUAAUAAUAAAAAAAAACAAAAAACAAAAAAGAAAGAAAAAAGAAUUUGCUUAAUCCAUCAUAUUGUACAAAUUCUCUACAAAUAGGUCUAUCUUUCUUUUCGUACCGAUGCGAAUGCAAAGCACGAGGGGAUGGUGGAGCGUCCUCGGCAGUUUUGCCCUGAUUUUUCUCGCCAAUAUACGAUUAGCUUUCAGCGAGAAGGAUUCGGAGGGAAAAGUUCAUACGGAGGAAGCACGGCAACAUCUUUGCUGUGCAAGGCACGAAAAAAUGAUCGACGUCGGUUAUGGAAUAUCUGGAGAAGUUAUACAAAUCGAUAUUGGACAUUGUCGAAAGCUCUGUCCCCGAUACGUUUCCGACGAUCCUGGCGACGCUAGCAAACCGGCUGUUCAGAGAUGUUCGCAAGAGGGUCAUUGCCGGCCAAGAGCUGCUAGACUGGAAAGAGUAUCCACGUUGCAGGGAGUCCGUAUUAUUGAGGCUGUUGAUGCUUGCGAGUGUUCUUCAGAUUCCUCUUGUAAAAGAGAAUCAUAUACACAUCUUAUACAUUCUGGUACACCGUAUCAAGUCGUUGUUGAUGUUGGCGUUUGCAUAGGACACUGUGGCAAAGAUCUUGGUUGCAAACCUGUAAGAAAUAACACGGUCAGCGUUAAAGGACCAAAUGGAGACGAAGUUUAUCCGGUUAUCGAAAGAUGCAACUGUGUCGGUAAUUGUCAUCGAAUGGAUCACAUGGAAACAGUGUUGGAUUUCAGUGAAGUUGAAAUUAAAGAGGGUACCAAUACUACCGAUGUCAAGCCCGUUGUUAGACAAAUUAAUGUUGGCCAAUGUGUCGGAGCUUGUCCUGGAAACGAAACAGAAACUUGCCUUUUACGGGACAAACGCGAACCCUCGAGAUGUCUGGCUGGUCUUUAUUCCAAACAACAUACUUGCACACCGGCGAGAUUUAAAGUUCACGAGUACAGAACUCGACGAGGAUCAAAACGCGAAGUGAUACAAAUUAUUCAAUGCAUUUGCGUUUAGAAAGGAUCAUCAUUGAACAUACAAAUUUUAUUAUCGAAAAAAAAAAAACGAGGAUGAAGAUGUGACAGAAAAUAUUUUUUUGUGUUACGUUUUGCAAAAACGUUAAGAUAUACUUUCUCUUUUUUUUUUUUUUUUAGAUCUGCCGUGUAGUUAUGUGGCUAAUAAAUUUCUAAUGUCUUUUCUAAAGGAAAAAAAAAAAAAAAAAAAAAAAAAAAAAAAAAAAAAAAAAAAAAAAAAAAAAAAAAAAAAACAGAAAAAAGAAAAGAAGAAAAACUCAAAUCGCAUGUCUGCCAGAUCAACAUCUUUCUGUGUAAUAUAACGAUGUAUAAGUUAAUCGGCAAAUAAUAACGAAAUAUCUUUAAGUAAAUUUAACUUUGAACUAAGAAAUGUUAUAUCCUCACAUGAUGCUGAACGUAUAAUAUACAUAUAGAUAUUUUCCAUAGUUAUGUAUAUUUCAUGUAUACAUGUAUUUUUAUACGUAUAUUAUACGUCUAUUUUACGUCUAUGAUGUACUUAUAUAGUAUGUCUAUCAAAUAAACGUAUAUUUUACAUAA